GGGGCGGAAGAUGGCGGCGGCGAAGCGGAGCGUCCUGUCCUCGCUGGCGGUUUACGCGGAGGAUUCGGACCCGGAGUCGGACAGCGAGGCCGGGACGGCGGAAAGUGAUGGGGGAGCGGCUACGGGAGAGAAGGGAGGUCUGGUCUCUGUUGGGUACGGAGAUGACGACUUCACACGCCUGGAUGGGGACGAGGACGGGUAUGAAGAGGAGGACGACGAGAACAGCAGGCAGUCAGAAGAUGACGAUUCAGAGACUGAAAAACCUGAGGCUGGUGACCUAAAGGAAUUCUCAGAACUGGAGAAAAGAGAUCCUCAGGAGCUAGUUGCUUCUUUUUCAGAGCGAGUGCGCAACAUGUCUCCAGAUGAGAUCAAAAUCCCUCCUGAGCCUCCUGGCAGAUGUUCUAACCACUUGCAGGAUAAAAUUCAAAAGCUCUAUGAGAGGAAAAUAAAAGAGGGCAUGGAUAUGAACUACAUCAUUCAGAGGAAAAAGGAGUUCCGCAACCCCAGCAUCUAUGAAAAGCUGAUCCAGUUUUGUUCAAUUGAUGAACUUGGGACAAAUUACCCAAAGGACAUGUUUGAUCCUCAUGGCUGGUCAGAGGAUUCCUAUUAUGAAGCACUAGCUAAAGCCCAGAAGAUUGAAAUGGACAAAUUGGAGAAGGCCAAGAAGGAACGCACCAAGAUUGAGUUUGUGACUGGCACUAAAAAGGGUACAACAACAAGUGCCACUUCUACAACAACCACAACAGCCAGCACCACUGUGGGAGAUGCCCAGAAGAGGAAGAGCAAGUGGGACUCGGCCAUCCCUGUAACAACGAUAGCUCAGCCCACCAUCCUCACCACUACUGCAACGCUGCCAGGUGUUGUCACAGUGACAACCAGCGCGAGCGGAUCCAAAACGACAGUCAUAUCAGCUGUUGGCACCAUUGUGAAGAAGGCAAAGCAGUGACUGGUGUGCUGGGCCUGGAAUUUUUUUUAUUUAAUUGUUCUUGAAGCCAUUGUUCUUGGAAGGGAGGGGUAGCUUUUGCGUUCGGUAAAAGAUGACAAGACUCAGCAACAGACAGACCACAGUUCCCUUUGGAAGGAAUGGGGGCAGGAGCAGGCACGCCAGCCGUGUGCCCACAGGAAUGGACCUCUGCUGAAAAUGCCUCUGUCUCUUCUUGCUGUGGGAAGAACCAGUCUGUUCUUCUGUGUUGUGCUGGAGGAAGGUGGUAUCUGGAGUCAGCCUGUAAAAGUGAGCUUAUUAAUGACUGGGUUAGGGUCUUCUUUCCUACUUGCACGUCUGGUUUAGCUGGGGGGAGGCAGUAGGAAUAUCAGUAUUACCUGUGCGUGUUCCAGCCCAUGCUCAAAGGCUGCUAGCAGCUUGUGGCAUGUGCCUCCCUCACGUGUGCUAACUCGGUUCCAAAGGAAUUAAAGCAGAGACAAUUGGUCAGUGUCCAUCUUCAGAUGCGUAGCAGAGACUUGAGGUGAUCUGCACCUUUGAAUGUGGGCUCACUCUGUUCCAGUGCUGGCAUCUGUACCUGGGUGCAUACCUGUGUAGAUCUUAGUGGCCACCUGUUAAAUAGUUGAACUAUUAAGGAAACUUUGCUGAAAUAAGUCUUGUAACCAUCUGGCAGGGAUGGAGAUUUCUGUGCAGACCCCAUCAGCUGUAGAGGUUUGACUUGGGAACUUAUUUGCAAAAAUAACUCUUCUGUUGCCAUGGAAUGAGAUGGGACAGCAGAGGAGAGUGUCUGAUCUUGUUAUUGUCCAUCUUUGUACUAGAUUGUGAUGCACUGUGAGAUGCACACAUGGCAGUUACUGCUUGCUCCACUGUUGUGAAAAAGUAUUUUCAGUUGAAAAUUUUAUUGUAUAAAUCUUCUUCACUGUGUAGCAAAAAAUUAUUAUAAAAGUUGAAAAGUCUUUAAAAAAAAAAACACCAGAA